AUGAAUUCAGUGGAGUCACUGGUGGCUCAAAUCCAAGGGCUUUCGAGCAGUCCCGAAGAUAUCACCCACCUUCACACCUUUUUGAAACAAUCCGAGGAAUUGCUUCAGUCCGAGUCGAGUCGCUUCGCUUCUUUUCUCCCUGAACUAGACCCCUCCAAGCACUCUCUCGGCUACCUAUAUAUUCUGGAGCCAUGCACAGCUGCACCGAUUUCAAAAGAGCAAGCAAAUGAGAUGGUUGUCUCUAUUGCAAGGUUUAUCAGUGAGUGCGCGGUGGAGCAGAUUCGUUUGGUGCCCGAUAAAUUCAUAUCUGUUUGUAAAAGGUUCAAAGACCAAGUUAUGCUGCUUGAAGCCCCAAUGCGGGGUGUGGCUCCUCUGUUGACAGCAGUUCGGAAGCUUCAAACAUCCUCUGAGCAGUUAACUUCUUUACAUCCAGACUUUCUUCUUCUCUGUUUGUUAGCGAAGUGCUAUAAAACUGGUCUAUGCAUUUUGGAAGACAAUCUAUUUGAGGUUGAUCAGCCAAGGGACUUUUUCCUUUAUUGUUAUUAUGGGGGGAUGAUUUGCAUAGGACAAAAGCGUUAUCGGAAAGCAUUGGAGCUCCUACACAAUGUUGUAACUGCUCCCAUGUCUACUUUAAAUGCUAUAUCUGUUGAAGCAUACAAAAAGUACAUGCUGGUUUCACUCAUUCACCUUGGGCAGCUGCAAAAAGCGAAAAACAUGAGGGGGAUGAUUUGCAUAGGACAAAAGCGUUAUCGGAAAGCAUUGGAGCUCCUACACAAUGUUGUAACUGCUCCCAUGUCUACUUUAAAUGCUAUAUCUGUUGAAGCAUACAAAAAGUACAUGCUGGUUUCACUCAUUCACCUUGGGCAGUUCUUUCUUAGUUUCCCGAAAUACACUUCUUCAGUGGCUCAAAGGAAUCUAAAGAACAUUUGUCAGCCAUAUCUGGAGUUAGCAAAUAGCUAUAGCACUGGAAAAAUUUCAGAACUGGAAACAUUUGUGCAGACAAACACAGAGAAGUUUGAAAUUGACAACAAUCUUGGAUUGGUGAAACAGGUGGUAUCAUCAAUGUAUAAGAGAAAUAUUCAGAGAUUGACUCAGACAUAUUUGACUCUCUCCCUCCAAGACAUAGCCAACACUGUACAACUCAAUAGCCCUAAGGAGGCUGAAAUGCAUGUUCUUCAAAUGAUCCAAGAUGGUGAGAUAUAUGCCACUAUCAACCAAAAGGAUGGAAUGGUUAGAUUCCUUGAAGAUCCUGAGCAAUAUAAAAGUUGUGAGAUGAUUGAACAUAUUGACUCUUCAAUUCAGAGGGUAAUGAGCCUAUCAAAGAAACUGACUGCUAUGGAUGAACUCCUGUCAUCUGACCCAUUAUACCUGGCAAAGGCUGGGAGAGAGCGACAGCGAUUUGAUUUCGAUGACUUUGAUCCUGUUCCACAGAAAUACCUCAUAUGA